UUUAGACAGUCACGUACUAUCGCUAGUACUUCAUCCAAACCCGAGAAGCGUCCUCAAGAAAAACCUGACCAUGACUUUUGACCAUAACAGCAAGGAUAAGAUAUUCACAGGUGAAGUUCAACGUUCUUGUGUAUUCUGGAAAUUCACAACGAGUUCGCCAUCCUACUCUGGCUCAUGGUCAACAGAUGGAUGUACAGCGGUCUCAUCUGACAAUCACGUGACGACGUGUAGCUGCAAUCAUUUGACGAACUUCGCGAUACUGAUGCAAGUUACUCCAAAACCUCCCGUAUGUAAUGAGACGGGGAGGGCAGGGGAAGUUAUUACAUGACAAACUCCAAAAUACUCAUUCAAAUUACUUCAAACACC